GUAUAAACGUUUUUUAUUGGUUGCAAGAGAAUUUCUUAAAAGGAAGUAUUUAGUUUACUCUGGAGUUAACUGGAAGAGAAAGGAAAGGAAACUGAUACAAAAGUAUCCAUACGAAAAACAAAGUACUCCUUUUAUAAUAAUGUCUGGCUCAUCAUUUAACAGAGGUCCUGCCUAUGGGUUUUCUGCGGAAGUCAAAAGCAAGAUUGCCGGAAAGUAUGACCCCCAGAGAGAGGAUGAGCUAAGGGUCUGGAUCGAGGAUGUGACGGGAUGUGUUAUUGGGGAGGACUUCCAGAAAGGCCUGAAAAAUGGUGUCAUCCUGUGCGAACUGAUCAACAAACUUCAACCUGGCUCUGUGAAAAAGAUCAACUCGUCCACCAUGAAUUGGCAUCAGCUGGAGAACAUCACCAACUUCAUCAAAUCCAUCCAAACGUACGGCCUGAAGCCCCAUGAUAUCUUUGAGGCCAAUGACCUCUUUGAGAGUGGGAACAUGACCCAGGUCCAGAGCACCCUGUUGUCUCUCGCUGGCACGGCCAAGACCAAGGGCUGCCAGUCCCGAGUGGACAUUGGGGUGAAGUACGCAGACAAACAGGAGAGACUAUUCGACGAGGAGAAGAUGAAGGCCGGACAUUGUGUCAUUGGACUGCAGAUGGGGACGAAUAAGUGUGCCAGCCAGGCGGGCAUGAAUGCAUACGGCACCAGGAGGCACCUUUACGACCCCAAGGCUCACAUCCUGCCCCCCAUGGACAACUCUACCAUCAGUCUGCAAAUGGGCACCAACAAGGGGGCCAGUCAGGCUGGCAUGACCGCUCCAGGAACCCGCCGCGCCAUCUAUGACCAGAAGCUGGGCACAGACAAGUGUGACAACAGCACCAUGUCGCUGCAGAUGGGCUCCAACGCAGGCGCCAACCAGAGCGGGCAGAACUUUGGCCUGGGUCGUCAGAUCUACGACGCCAAGUACUGCCCCAAGAAUGAGGAGGAGCAGAACGGGGCCGGGGCCGACUACCAAGACGAGGGUUACCAAGAAUACAAAGAUGACACGGUGCCGGUGUACCAAGAAGAGGGGACGGAUUAUUAAAAGUGGGUUGUGCUUGUUGAAGAUAGUAGAAACCUCAAUGAAGGUGUUAUCAGUUAUUCAUUACAUAGGAUUUUCCACCUUUUGGGUGAUCUCCUUCUGGUAUUGGACAAUAGUUCCCUGUUACCCUCAUGAAUUACUGGUUAGGAGCAAUAUACACAUAUCUCACAUGUACUAUAUAUUAGUAUGUUUAUAUAUAUAUAUAUAUAUAUAUGUUGAAAUGGCUAUACUUAUGUGUUUUUAAAGUGCAACUGCUAAAGCCAGUGCUUGUCUGAGCUGUGAUUAGCUUUUUUUUCCUCACAGGGAAUUUUGUAAAGUGCCAAAGCCCCCUUGCCAGUUUCCCCUAUCUUAAUGUAAGUAGGUAGAUUUCAAAGGGAUGGCAUUUAUGCCAAGGAUUUUCAUAUACAAAUAUUGCCUAGAAUCCAUCUAAAAUGGGAUUAAAAAUCAUCUGUGUUGAGACGGAAAAAGAAAGCUCUUAAACUUUCAUCGAAAUGUAGAUUUAAAAAAAAAAUAUAUAUAUAUAUAAUAUUUCAGUUCAAAAAAUGUAUUGUUCCAUAGUUGGAAUUUACCCAUCCUUGUAUUUAUAUGGCUAAAAGUCAUAUUGUUAAUGUAAACUAUUUACAUUUCCUUAACUGAUGCGAAUAAUAAUGUGAAUUUGUUUAACUGUUUGUAUCCAUUCAGUACUUUUACUUGGUAAUAUAAAAGACAAGAUGUUUUGUGGUAUCUGUUGAGAAUGAAAAAAUAACGUCUUUAAUGAGACAGUGGUUUGUUCACACAUCUCCCAUUCUGUUAACUUUUUAUGUAUGCUGAGUACUGAUCAUAUAAUUAAAAUAUUUUUUUUUUUAGGAGGAAAUAUUUAUUUUGUUUGCAUAAUCAGAACUGGAGCCAAGGUUGUUUUCUUUGGGUACCGUUAGAGUAUUUUGGAGAAAAAAAAAAAACUUUCAGGCUUUCAACAUUCCAAGCUGGAUACUGGAUUCAUUUUGUCAGGUGUCUUCAUUGUUUAAUGUUUUACUGGAUUCACUGAUGACUGAAAAGAGGACCAGACUUAUUUUGAACUCUAACAUUCAAAGUGAUUAUUUUUAUAUUUCUGUUUAAAAAUGUUUUUUUUUUUUAAAGUUUUUUUUUUACCUAGACUGAAGGAAAAUGAGCUUUUACUACCUUUGGUAUUAUAUACAUUUCUUGUGCUCUGCUUCGAGUCCAUCUUUUCAAUAUAAAUGAAAACAUCUAACGUUUGGAAGUGUGUGCAUGACUAAAGUGAAAUAAAGAUGGACAUUGAAUACCAA